UUGGAGAGAGUGGGAGAGAAAAGGAGCAAAUGUGCGGCGGCGGAGAGGGAGGGAGGACAGCGAGUGCGCAAAUAGGCAGGCAGGCACAUCAGCAGCAGCGGCAGACCAUCUUCCUGAUCCUGAUCUCCCGUGUCUUCAGCUGCCAAUCCUCUGCGCGUCCCUGAUUGAGAUUUCACUGCCGGCUGAAGUGUCCAGAAGCCUCCGCCAACCAUCACCUCCCACAACACACUUUCUCCGGAGCUCGGUUAUUCUUAGCUCAGCUGCGAGAGACUGUCCUUCCGGUCCUUCUCUUAUUUAUCCCAGUUUCUUGAAUAUUUAAUGGAAAAUGGCGAUCUGCGCGCAGUCGUACGGUAUUUUCUGCCUCUUCACAAUCCAAACUGUACUUAUCAUAUGCGUCUCCACGCCGACAGACGGGACCCACCUCUUCCCCCAGCACUACACAAUGAUUCAUUGGGCUGGACGCAUCGAGAAGGAGCUGGAAAAGGUUCUGCAGCACGUCACCGGUACCCAGCAGAUGAGAUCGAUUUAUAAUGAGAAGAAGAGCCAGUUUGAAAUCAAGAGAAACAACCCCAAGGACUUGGUGGAGAGGGUGGCACGGGACAUCUCCAAGCUGCUCAACAGUAAGAGGAAAGCCCUGGAGAAACUGGCCAGGGAGGCGGAACAGCUUCAGAACCUGCAUGUAUGGCAAGACGGUGUGACGGAGAAUGCCAUUUCAUACUACGAUUCCAAAGCGGAUUCAGACUAUGCGGAAGAUGGAGAAGAGGAGAAUCCGCUGGAGAGCUCGACGUCUUUGGAGCUGGAGUUUGUGGAUGAUCCCAAUUUCAAAAACAAGGUCAACUUCUCUUCCAGUGCGGUCCAGAUUCCUACAGACAUAUACAAAGGCUCCCCGGUCAUCCUAAACGAGCUAAACUGGACCCAGGCGCUGGAGAGGGUCUUCAUUGAAAACCGUAAGGAGGACAGCUCACUGCGCUGGCAGGUGUUUGGCAGUGCCACAGGAGUGACUCGGUACUACCCAGCCACUCCAUGGAGGGCACCCAACAAGAUUGACCUGUACGAUGUCCGCAGAAGACCUUGGUAUAUCCAAGGUGCAUCGUCUCCAAAGGACAUGGUCAUCAUUGUGGAUGUGAGUGGAAGCGUUAGUGGACUCACUCUAAAGCUGAUGAAAACUUCAGUGGUGGAGAUGCUGGACACCCUAUCAGACGACGACUAUGUGAAUGUGGCCAGGUUCAAUGAGAAGGCCGAUGCUGUCGUUCCAUGCUUCAGGACUUUGGUCCAAGCCAAUGUUCGGAACAAGAAGAUCUUCAAGGAGGCCGUCAUGCAUAUGCAAGCCAAAGGAACCACAGAUUACAAGUCUGGCUUCACAUUUGCCUUUGAACAGCUCCUCAAUGAGAGCAGUGCCCCGAGGGCCAACUGCAAUAAGAUGAUAAUGAUGUUUACAGAUGGCGGGGAGGAUCGUGCACAGGAAAUCUUUGAGAAGUACAACUGGCCCAACAAAACGGUCCGCGUGUUCACCUUCUCUGUUGGCCAGCAUAAUUACGAUGUCACCCCUUUGCAGUGGAUAGCUUGUGCCAAUAAAGGUUACUACUUUGAAAUUCCAUCGAUUGGAGCCAUCAGAAUCAACACCCAGGAGUACCUGGAUGUCCUUGGUCGUCCCAUGGUGCUGGCCGGGACUAGAGCAAAGCAGGUGCAGUGGACAAACGUCUACCAGGAUGCUCUGGGUUUGGGUCUCGUCAUCACCGGGACGAUGCCGGUCUUCAACCUCACUGUUGAUACCGUAAGCUCCCAGAACCAGCUCAUCCUCGGAGUCAUGGGAGUAGAUAUCGCAGUCAGCGAAAUCAAAAAGAAGACACCUACAUACAGACUUGGGGCCAACGGCUACACCUUUGCUAUCGACCCAAAUGGCUACGUGCUGCUGCAUCCCAACCUGCGACCCAAAAUCAUUAACUUCAGGGAGCCCGUCACUCUGGACUUUCUGGAUGCAGAGCUGGAGGACAACAACAAGGAGGAGAUCCGUCGACAGAUGAUUGAUGGGAAAUCGGGGCAAAGGAAAAUCAAGACGCUCAUUAAGUCAGUUGAUGAGAGGUACAUUGACGAGGCCAUGCGCACAUACACAUGGACGCCUGUGGACGGUACAGAUUACAGUCUAGGGUUGGUACUGCCCACAUAUAGUGAGAACCACAUCAAGGCCAACCUGAGUGACCAGAUCCUUCAGGUGCAGUUGCCAUACACCAAGGAUUUUGAAUCACUGCUGCCAAACAGUUUUGAGUCUGAAGGACAUGUAUUCAUUGCUCCCAGGGAGUACUGCAAUGAUCUGGAGCUGUCCAACAACAACACUGAGUUCCUGCUCAACUUCAUUGCUCUCAUGGAGAAGGUGACACCAGACUCCAAACAAUGUGACAAUUUGCUCCUUCAUAACCUGAUUCUGGACACUGGCAUCAUCAGGCAGCUGGUGGAGAAAGUGUGGAAGAAUAAAGACUUGAAUACAUACGGCUUUCUGGCUGUGUUUGCUGCAUCAGACGGAGGUGUAACAAGAGUGUUUCCAAACAAGGCUGCAGAAACCUGGGAGGAAGACCCUGAGCCGUUUAAUGCCAGCUAUUACCGCCGCAGUCUCGACAACAAGGGCUACAUCUUCCGUGCGCCUUAUCGAACAGCCCGGGACGAGCUGCUGAACCCAGAGAAUGACACCAUAGGGAUCCUGGUCAGCACAGCUGUGGAGAUCACAGUAGGAGGGAAGACCAUCAAACCUGCAGUGGUCGGAGUGAAACUGGACCUCGAAGCCUGGACGGAUAAGUUCAAGAUUCUUGCCAGCAAUCACACAGACGGCCACCAAGGCUCAAAUACGUGUGGACCAAACAGGGGCUGUGAAAUGGACUGUGAAGCCAACAGUGAGGAUCUCCUGUGUUAUUUGAUAGAUGACGGUGGAUUCCUCAUCAUGUCUAAUCAGAAGGAUGACUGGAACAAGGUGGGCAUGUUCUUCAGUGAUGUUGAUCCCUACCUGAUGUACGCGCUCUACAACAAUUCCUUCUACAACCGCAAGCAGUCAUUCGACUACCAGUCUGUGUGUGAACGCAUGCCCAACAGUGAAGCUGGAGCUGCACCCAGAGGAGUGUUUGUGCCCACAAUUGCAGAUUUUCUAAACGUGGCUUGGUGGACGUCAGCAGCUGCAUGGUCCUUGUUCCAACAGUUUAUAUACGGACUGGCUUAUAACAGCUGGUUUGUCACAGAUGAGGUGGAUGCAGAAGGAAUCGACUCCAAAGAGCGGAGUUGUGUAAUGAUCCAGACCCAGUACUAUUUAAGUAAUCUCAGCAGCUCCUACAACAUUCUGCAAGACUGUGGCAACUGCUCCAGGCUGAUUCAUGCCAAGAGGAUAAACAACACCAACUUGCUGUUUGUGGUGGCAGAGAAGAUGCCGUGCAACACCUGCGAGAUCGAGAAGCUGUCCCAGGAGGAGGAGGAGUACAAGGAGGAAAAUCCAUGUGAAGAAAUGACUGUGGCGCGCUAUCGAAAAGGACCCUCCACCUGCUUUGACAGUAACAUCUCUGAGAACACAUCAGACUGUGGACGGGGCCACUCCUUCCGCCCGUCCCUCUACACCUUACUGCUCAUCCAGCUGCUGCUGCUGUACCCAGCCGUCAGCCCCCACGUUCACUCUCUACUACAUUAAUUCCAUUUUCCUCCACUAAUCCUCCUUUUAGCCCUCCCGAGCUUCUUUCCUGACCUAAAACACUCCGACCCCACCUUCGUGCCCCUACGCCCUCCCCCCCGAUAUAGUCAUAGGUAAUAAUGGGACUUCCCUUCACGGCAAGUUGGAAGCCCUGAGUGCCGCGCUACCCAGCUCGCUUCAGUUCGUGUCGCUUAGUGACAACUGCCGGACGUUUGUGUCCUCAGCCAGUUAACCUUCAUCUGCAGGAGGAGUGGGUGGUGCUGGACCACCUGGAUCAUCAGAGGCAACGUCAGAAAAGAGAAAACAACCCCGUCCCACCUCCAUGAUCACUCCACCACUUCCACCAUCCAGAGAAGGGAGGGGAAAGAGGACAGGCCGAUGUCCUUGUCACAGACCUCCCGCCACAUACAGACUGGAGAGUUGAGGUUGUCUGUCCGCCUUCGCCUCUGUCCGUCAGACAGACGGCAGGACUCCUCCUUCUUCGUCUCUCCUCCAUCUCAAGAGUCUCACUGCUCUGUCAUUCGCCUCUCCUAAGAGGCUGUGGACCAUUCAGCCAGUUAUAGCCACCAUUAAAGAAAGUAACAGAAAAAAAAAGAACUGUCGAGUAUACAAAAUGUCGAGUAUAAACCUCUGAAGUGAUGAGUAUUCCAAACAUACAGUAUAUCUAGGUUUCAAUUUGAAAAAGGAAGUCGUUAGGUGUUAAUUUUAAAAAAGACAUGAGUUCAUUUAUGCACUAUAUCUACUUGCCAAAAUGAGAUAGACUUUCAUGCGGUCUUAUUUUUUAUAGCCAAAACAGGAGGAGGAAAUGGCUUCUGAUUUAGAUUUAGGAUAAACCACAAGAGGAAGAGGAGUCACUCUGAGAAACUGAAUGCUGAUUCAUUUUGUGCAGCACCUAAUUACAGAUUAAUGCUUUUAAAAGACGUCCACUGGGAUUAUCAUAAUUAACAUGAUGGUAAUCGCAUUUCUUGAAGUAUUUCCCCCUCAUAUUUACUAUUAAAAGCUAUCUGGCGUACACACACUAGUGACAGCUGCAAAAUAUGAAUCAGUGUUUGGUCGCUGCAGAUUCGGAGCGUCGUUGAUGUCGUGUUUCAUUCUCCUUUACGAUCAAUCGACCAUUCUGACCUCUGGUUUUGGACUGAUGUUUAAAAAAGAAAAAAAAUCCCUGUGCUCUCUGAUGCGAAAGCUCACCUCUGCCAAUCCUCAUGAGGCUUCUCCAGUAACCUCUACUAACGCUCCUAAUCACAAUUUGUAUAUGUGCUUUACAGACACACCAAGAUCUCUGCCUCAUGACCGUCUCAUAGUAAUUCCUGGUGGGUUUUUUUUUUCCUCUCUCUUUUUUGGGCUUGUAUUACCUUUGACUGAUGCUGUUCGAACUUCAAAAACCAUUCGCUGCUGGGGGAUAGGGGCUUAUCAACAUUUCCAACAAAAGUGCAGAAGAGGCAACUAAAUAUGGUGAUCACGUACAGUAGUAGUCUGGUUGUAAUCCGUCACAGUUCAUCAUUUGAUCAUUACGAUGUGUGAAAAGUCAUUUAGACUCCCAUGUUUAGGAGCCGCUCUGUUUCAUAGUGCCUUGAUGCACUUUGUUUUGGACCACAUCGGCUGUAUAAGAGUAGAGCUACUGUAUAGUACCUUUAUAGAGCAGCCAUCUUGGUUAACACAGGAGCCUGUGAGACUGAAUCUGUCGGCUAUAGAAAUAGCUUUACACAGAGCCAUCGCACUGACCUGGCUCUAGCUUAAUGUAUUUGCCCUCUCGGCUGUGGAGCCACCUGACUGCCAUCAUAUGGAGUUACUAUACCGUUCCUUUACAAAGCCAUGUAUAGAGCUAUGAUACACUAUCCGUAUACAGCGAUUUAACUGGCCAUAGAGAGUUUUUAGGGCCACCUGACUGCUAUAGUUCUGCCUGAAUCGUAUGUGUCUGUGCGUGGAUGUGCGUGUGUGUUAGUUUGCGUUAAAAACCCUCAAAGGGAAUGUCUUUAAAAAUGAGUUGUGGAGUGUAUGAGGGAUGACAGUUGUGGUUUCAUAGCUGUCCUUUCCUGAUUCCUAUGUUGCAACGGAGAAAAAAAAAUCCAGUGUUGUUGUGGAGGAGAUUAAAAAAAGGGAUUUUACUGAAACAAAAAGAAUCCAUCUUUAACCAUCAGUCUGCCUAAAUGUUAAUCUGAGGGAGCGGAGGUGUUUCCGAAAGAAUGUGUAGUUCAUCAGUGUUUUUUCUGCUUCAAAUGCAACAUAGUUAACAAAGCCUCUCUAAAUGCCUUAGUGUUACACAGUACGGAGCUCUGAUACGUUUCCCUCCCUCAUGUGAACUCAACGCACACACUAACAGAUCCUCCAAAAUACACACUCCCCUGGGUUUCCUCGGUGUUCUGCAGUAAGUAUAGUGAGCUCUGAUUUUGUAUUUUUUGCGUCUUGGAAUGAUCCGUUAUUGAUUGAUGCCUGUUUUGAUUAAACGCUUGAAAGCCAGGUGGGAGUUUUAAAUUUCAAAAAAGCCUCCGACCUUCGAUGUUCACACCCACCCAAACCUCACUGUAUUGCUCAGGUGGGACAAAUUUGAACCUUAACUACACACUGUACAGUUGUUGGUACUAUUUGAUGUGACAGACAUGCUGGCACAGUAACUGCAGCGCGGCUCCGAACAAAUCAGAAAACCAAAAGACUGUUAAAAAAUUUAGAUUUAAAAGAUUUCCAAUUCGGCUCCUUUGCGGUGUUGAGUACCUCGCAGGUCAUCUGAUGCUGGAUGCAGUUUUACUUUUCCGGCAUUUGUUUGUCUCUGUCUUGUGCCAUUUAAAUCUGUCUGUAUUUCCCUAAUUUCCACUGUCUGUAAAUGAGCGCUACACGUGCCUGUGGAAAUGUACCCCCUGCAACUUCCUCUCUUUUCCUGGCCCUGUACGCUUAUAGCCGUCACACAUAAACUAAAUACGUAGGCCUACGUCUUUUUUUUUGCACCUGCACCGAGACAUUAUGCACAUCACACCUAUAAGCAAAACAUGUAAUGACACUUAUUCAUGGGAGAUGUCAAGCACCAGGCAGAAAUAAGCCAAGGACGUCACUUCCCAGGUGUGCUUAUUUUUUAUUUUUUAUUAUUUUUUUGGUGAGCGGGUCAGAGGCAAGCUCAGGGAGUGGGUCUCCACAGAGCAGCACGGGCCUGUCAAACAGAAGGUCAUGGAGGAAACAUGUAGUGACGUCUGUGUUUGCAUCCCGACGGAAAUCCUCUGAAGGGAAACACACGUCUGAUUUCUGUGGUUUGACAAGUUUACUUUUGCCAAAAAAAACAAGAAAAAGAAAAAAAAAGAGACAAAAAUAGAAAAUUGGACCAGCUUGGGGAUGAUGAGAGGGAGGGGGUCAGCUUUAGGACAGGACCCUAAAACGAGUAGGGGAUGGUUUAAAUAAAGCCUCAUGCCUCCUCCCGACCCUCGCUGCAUCUGUGUUGGUGCGUCUCUGUGGGAAAGACACGUGUGUAUGUGAUUCUGUAGUCUGUAGUCUGGUGCUAUGUGACCAUGUUUGACAAGUGUGUUAAAAAAAUAACAGCAACAUUUAGAGAAAAAAAAAAGAGUAAAAUCAGUCGAGUUUAAGUGAAGUUAUAAAAAAAUAUAGGAAUACAGCACUGUUGAUAAGUUUGAGAUCUGAAGUCAAAAUGUUUUGAAUUAUUUUUUGUUUUUAUUUCUUGUACGUGUGUGUGCGAGUGCGUGAAUGUCCGUGUGCGUGGAAGAUUUAGCUCCUUCUUUUCUGGGCACUGGUCCAUGUCGCUCCAUUCUUUUGUACAGAUGAAGCUAAAAAAAAGAACAAAAAAAAAGAAGAGGGCAAAAUUUGUAAAAUAUUGUGUCUGUGACUCCUUGUAAAAUAUUUUCAAAUUGUUUAUUACAGAGAAUCAGUUAUUAAAUAAUGUUCAUAUUUUUCACUUCA